AUGGCCAGCAAUGCAGCUGUACACCGCCCCACUCACUUUGCAUCUCAAUACUUGACGAUGAGAGACGGCGUAAAGCUUGCAGUUGAUGUGCACUUCCCAGACAGUUGGAAGCGAGAUGGAGAUGACUCGCCAUUGCCAACACUAAUCCUGCAGACACGUUACAACCGCAAUAGAGUAUUGCACUUUCCAUUCAACUACAUCGGACUGUUUGGCGACGUGCCCAGAGCAACAUUCACUGUUACCUUUGCCAAGUUUAUACGCACAUUUGUUCCAGCUGGUUACGUGGUUGUUGCAGUUGAUGUACGAGGCACUGGCGCCUCCUAUGGCAACAGAACGACUGAUUUAUCUAGUGUAGAAGUGGAUGAUUACAAGGAGGUGUUGGAUUGGGUACGCCAGCAACAUUGGUAUAAUGGUCGUGUUGGAGCGGCAGGUGUUAGCUAUGAUGGCCUUGCUGCUGGUUUGCUUGCAUCGCAUGGUGGUGUAGAUGCCGUUGGUAUGAUGUUCUCACCGAUACAAUUUACUGAAGAUUUGUUAGCUCCUGGUGGUGUUCUGAGCACAGCAUUUCUUAGGACGUACACCAUUUUCACUAGGGCACAUGAGCAGGACAGGAGAGUGACUCCGGAAGAGUUCCCUUUGACAUUUUCGUUCUCGUUCUUCUUUCGCUAUGUUUUUGGCAAGGUUGUUGCUAUCCCUGGACAUGACAAGAGUGAGGCCGUGGCACAGCACUCUGCCAACUGGGAUGUGGUAGAGAAGAUUGGAGACUUUGAUGGUUUUGCUAGUACAAUGAAGGUGACUGAUGGUGCGAAAGAGGUCCCAGUUGGCAGUGUUGGCUUUACAGAUGCAGUGUUUGCCAAACUUGCCCAGUCCAAUGUCUCUAUUACGACCUAUGCUGGUUACUGGGAUCAUGCAUCAUUCCGUAGCUCUUUACGGCUUCAUCAAGAAGUAGGAGGCAGUGGAAGAGUGCGUGUUGUAGCUGGUCCUUGGGCACAUGGUGGUCUGACUUGCUUCACACCGCACUCCCCUGGGCAUGGUACCAGCUUUCCUCUUCACCAGGAUCUCCUUCAUUUCUUUGAUUGUCAUCUGAAAGGCAAGUGUGAUGCUCUGCAGAGACACAAGGAAACGUUCCACUAUUUUCGAAUGGGUGAUGAAAAGUGGAUUGGUUCAAUGGACUUCCCUCCGCAAAGCUCUACUUGGCAGACAUACUACAUGAGUGCCAGCAAUGGUUUGAUAUCUAAUCCGAUAUCAGAGUAUGAAGCAUCUACUAUCAGCCACAAAGUCAGCAAUCGGUCUUCUUCAGGUUUUGCUUCUCGUUGGAAUUUGAUGGGUCACAUCAUGCGCUAUCCAGUCACAUAUCCUGAUCGCUUGGAACAGACUGACAAUAUGCUGACAUUUACCACUCAACCACUGGCCAGUGAUUUGCGUGUUGCUGGAUCCGCAUUGGUCAACAUAACAUUAGAGGCCAAUGAUGGAUUGGAACAGUCCAAUAUGGUUGUGUUUGCCUACUUGGAGGAUAUUGACCCAUUGGCUGCACGUAUCCACUAUGUGUCCGAGGCUAUUUUGAAGCUGGGGCAUGAUGUUGUUGAACGGAACCCUGCUGUUGGCUCUUGGGAUAGUGUUUCACGCACUUACACGAGUGACAAUUUCCAGGAACCACGUGGUGCUGUGCUUGCCGAGCUCUCUAUGAUCCCUGUAGCGUACACGUUUGCACGGGGUCAUUUGAUUCGACUGUCCUUUGCUGGUGCGGACUCGGAUAACUUUGACCUAUCAUCUAUCAAGAACUUGGCAUCUAAUUGGAAAGUACAUAUUGGUUCGGCCGUGCUCAAACUUCCCGUUUCCUAG